GGGCUGCCCAUACUUUCCCUCAUGCUUUUUCUGAAUGGAUUUAAACUAUGUUCUUCGGAUAACAAUCAUUGUGAAUCACGUUUAAAAUCUCCAGAUACGUCUGGGAUUUUUUAAAGACCUUGAAGAGGUUUCCAGAGAAUACAGGACUGCAAACGUUGGCAGUCAUACAUCAGCAAAAUCUCAGAAGCCACAAAGAACUACCAGCCAUGCAUUCAGGAGAACUGCAGCUGUCAUAUGAGUGUCCUGAAAGAUGACCUGAGGCUGUUAAGAAACGGCAUAUCUGAGGGGCUGAUGGCAGACACAGUCCAAAGAGGUCUUGGCACACACUACCAGAUUAUCGGUCACAAGCUGUUCAGAGAACAAAGCUGCAUGUUUCCAGCAAGAUGCAGUGGUGUUGAGCACUUUAUCCUAAAAGUGAUUGACAGGUUACCAGAUAUGGAGGCGGUGAUUAAUGUGCGUGACUAUCCUCAGGUUCCUGGAUGGGUUCAGCCACCCCUGCCUGUACUUUCCUUUAGCAAGACAUCAGACUAUCAGGACAUUAUGUACCCUGCAUGGACGUUCUGGGAGGGAGGUCCUGCUGUAUGGCCCAUUUACCCCACUGGAUUGGGCCGCUGGGACCUGAUGAGGAAUGACCUGAAAAAAUCAGCUGAACGGUGGCCCUGGAAGAAGAAAAGUCCCAAAGGAUUCUUUAGAGGUUCUAGGACCAGUUCAGAGAGGGACCCUCUGAUCCUUCUGUCUCGAGAGGCCCCUGACCUUGUGGAUGCAGAGUAUACCAAGAACCAGGCCUGGAAGUCAGAGAAGGACACUCUUGGGAGACCCCCAGCUAAGGAGAUUCCCCUAGUUGACCACUGUGAAUACAAAUACCUCUUUAACUUCAGAGGUGUUGCUGCUAGUUUUCGUUUCAAACAUCUAUUCUUAUGUGGCUCACUGGUUUUUCAUGUUGGCGAGGAAUGGCUUGAGUUCUUCUAUCCACAACUCAAGCCCUGGGUUCACUAUAUUCCUGUCAAACAGGACUUGUCUGACCUCAGAGAGCUGCUUCAAUUUGUGAAAGAAAAGGAUGGUGUGGCAAAAGAAAUCGCCAUGAGGGGCCAGACGUUCAUUCUGCAUCACCUUCGCAUGGAGGAUGUAUCUUGUUACUGGGAGAGGCUGCUCACUGACUUCAGCAAGCUACUAAAAUACAAGCCCAAGAGGAAAACAAACUACAAUCAGGUCAUCCACAGACCUAGCAGAUCUGAACUCUGACAGUAGAAAAUCAUAAUGGGGGAAAUUGUUUUCCUUAGUCUAGCUCUAUUCAUUCUUUUGAAAUCCACCACUGCUCUUUUUGGCUUUAAACUGGCCUAAACAGGUUAAGAGUAUUUGGAGGCAGCUCUGGGUAGUUAAUUCUGCCAAGUCAUAUGUCUCUCAGACAAUCCAUAUUGUCAAUGUUAAGAAUCAAGAAAGGUUUUAAUACCUGUUAAACCUAAUCUUUUUGGAUUCCAUGCACCUGUCUACAUAUUCAAAAAGGCAGGACUGUAAUCAACCUGUCCAGACCCUCGUCCUGUGGAUGUCUGGAGUAUUUCACAGCUACAAUGUGCUUUGUCUUCUUUAUAGUAGUCAUUAAUCUCAACAAAGUUGUUCUUUUUUUAAGGUGUGGUGUGAAGUGUGUAAGGGGUGUUGCGCACAAAAAUAAUUUGUGGAAACAAUAGACUUCAACUUGCCAAAACAUUUUUCCUUAGAAAUGAACUGGUUUAUUGUGGCCUUGUUGAUUGGGAGUUGUUUCAGUACACACUUCUCGACCCUCUUUAACAAAGGAAGUUUUUUUCAGCUACAGAACUUUCUUCUCCAGUUGGGUGUUUUUGUUUGUAAAUAAUUUGACAUUGCAGUGUUAUAGGGUAAUUAAAGUUGAAUAAUGUUAACAAUCUUUAAUCUUACUCUACUCCUCACAUGCCAUAAGUUUUAUAGUAGUCACACAAAGGAUUUGAGUAUUCUGUUUUCUAAUGUCAAACUGGAGCCAGUUUAAAUCUUGAAGUCUGAGUCCAUCAGUUUUCACCAUAAAAUCACAUUCAAUAAAUUGUAAUUAAAUGGAACAAUCAUAAGACAAGUUUGUAAUGUAUAUUUCAUAAACUGCUUUAAGUCUUGAAUAUUUUUUAUCCAGUUCUAGAGCAGCAAGCAUUUUUAUUUUAUUUGGUUUUUUGUUUUGUGAAAAGAAAUCUCAAAUCCAGGCAGCCUCAUGAUUAGUGUUUUGGAUGAACUGACAGUUCCACAAAGAAUGUAACUUAACAUGCAUUCAUUUGUCACUACCAGUAAAACAUCUGUACUGCACAAGUUAUUAGUUGUAACAUUUUGAUUUACUUAAUUUGUUGGCAAAAUUCAGCACGUAAGUGCCACUCUGAAAACAUUUGAAUGUAAACAUUUUCAAAAGAGAAUGUUUGGACAUUUACAGACAAGCUUUUUCUUUGAAAUACAGAAUAGAGCCAAACUGGUACCGAGAUGUUGAAUAUGUUCUAGUAUUCUAUUAGAUUGUGUCAUUGUGUCUGUUGAUUUGAAAUUGUUUUCUCUCAGUCCACUAUUUUUCUAUGUCAGACAAAGUUUGAAGUAGUUUGUGGUAAUCUAGAACAAUAAAAGGCUUUGAUUUAUCUUCG